CCUACUACCUCUGCUGACUGCGUACGCUAGCAACAUCUUGGGGGGGUGCAAGUGAAAUGCUUUCCAGGAUGACGUCUUCCAAAUUAAUUUGCACGUCGCUUUUCCUAGCCGUUGUUGCAGCGGCAUCACCGAUGCUCCUUAAAUUAAACGAUCUCUCUCACUCAGUUUGGGGAAAUGCUCUGCCAUUGUUUUGGACGAGGAAUCGAAACUUUAAUAUUUGCCUGCUGGUAACAGGUUCUCUCCUCUUUGCCUACCUAAUCCUGAAAGUAUGGAAGUUUUUAUUUCACCCGUUAGAGAUGCAGCGGAAACUCCACGACAUCGGCUAUUUCUCAGAUGAAAAGCGUCCUCUGAAAGACGUUGCUAACGAAUAUCGAAAGCGAAGAAAACGUGGCGAGGUUCCACCUGUGUACCCUAAUGGCUGGUUUCACGUACUCGCUUCGAACGAGCUAGCCAUGGGUGAGGUCAAGUAUGUUUCUAUUUUAGGCGAAGAUCUUGUGGUGUUUAGAGGAACUGAUGGAAUCGCGUAUAUUGUGAAUGCUUAUUGCCCGCACUUGGGCGCUAAUUUAGGCAUCGGUGGACAGGUGGUGGGUGACCGUCUUCAGUGUCCGUUCCACGGUUGGAAAUUUCGCGGGAGCGAUGGAAAGUGUACGGAUAUUCCUUACAGUGAAAAUAUUCCUAAUUUUGCGCAAACCAAAGCAUGGAACUGUUGGGAAACUAAUCACACAAUUUACAUUUGGUAUCACGCAGAAGGAAGUGAGCCUUCAUGGUAUCCUGAUGAAAUCGAAGAGAUUCAAAACGGAACUUGGACCUAUCGAGGCUUUACUCAACACACUAUCAAUGCUCACAUCGAGGAGAUUCCUGAAAAUGGAGCAGACCUCAACCACCUUGAUCAUCUUCAUAGCUCACCAGUUCUAAGUGGGGUUGAUCUGAGGCAUAUUUUCUCACAUUGGUGGCAAUUUGCCAGACACAACUGGUCUGCAGAAUGGAAACCUCUUGAGGAUACUAAGCAUGUUGGAUGUCUGCAGCUAGUGACCUCCUUAUCAGUCUUUGGAUACAAGAUUCCCUAUUUAGACUUACAUGUCACAGCCAGGCAGACUGGUCCAGGUCUGGUCUUCAUGAAAUGGAGAAGCAGCUUUGGUGAUGGAAUUUUCCUUCAUUCAGUGACUCCCAAAGAACCACUUUUGCAAAUCAUGCGCCACUCCAUUUAUGUUUCCAGAGGUGUCCCCACAAUAGUGGCCAAGUUUCUCCUAUAUGCAGAGGCUAUUCAGGUUGAACGUGAUAUAAUGAUUUGGAAUCACAAAACGUAUGUGCCAAAGCCACUUUUAGUGAAAGAAGAUCACUUAAUCAAGAAACACAGACGAUGGUACUCACAGUUUUACACCGAGAACAGUCCUCGCCUUUCAAUGAAGAAAGAAAACCUAGAUUGGUGAUACCAUUAACUGUUUCUCGUAUGCUAUUCUUUUUCCUUCAACCCUCUGGAAGUUGUUAAACUUGUCUUAAACCUUUACACCCAAACAUCAGUACGCACAGUCCCCAUACUGUUCAUCAUACACUUCUCAAGGUGCUGACAAGCAGAAUUUGUUUGUGGUGAAAGGGUUAAGGCUGCAUACAUGGCUAAAGUUAAGCUGAAGUAAGUUACCAGCUUAAGCAGUCAUGACAGGAAAGGUUUCAUCGAAAAAUGAAUUUGUGGUUUUGUGUUAAUUUGUUUACCGUCGGCAACAGCACCUGACUUCAUCUGUUGUGUAACGUUUGAAAGCGUUCACUUUCAGUCUAAAAUUUUGUUGAUUUGUC